AAGUGCUAUACAAAUAAAGUUAUUAUUAUUAUUAUUUUAUAUAUUUAUGUAAUUUUCCCUUUAUGCCACUAGAUGGCAGCGUUUGCCCAGAUAACACCACAUCACCGAUUCUCGUCAUAGGCUCCGCCUCCCAGUGACGUCGCUACACGGAAGCAAAACAGCCUGUCCAGUCCUCACGUUGUUUGUGUUGGUUGAAUUGUUCUGUAUACAUGUUCCUAUAUAUCAUUCAUAGACAUAUUCAAACAAACGAAGAUGUCUGCUCCGCCAGCAGAGGAGCUGGUCACACAGUGGGAGAGUGAGCAGGCUCGUCUGAGACAGCAGGUGGUGGAGGAGGACACUGAAGACUGGCAGAUGACUCCAGGCUACUCUGGCCUGGAGAGAGUCGGUGGAGUGGACCUCUCCUUCAUCAAAAGGGACGACGUCAACGCCUGCGCCCAGCUUGUAGUGCUCAGCUACCCCGACCUGGAGGUGCUGUAUGAGGACAGUCAGAUGGUGACUCUGACAGCCCCCUACAUAGCUGGUUUCCUGGCCUUCAGAGAAACCCCCUUCCUCCUGGAGGCUCUGCAGCGGCUGCAGAGGAAGCAGCCCACACUUCUCCCUCAGGUGGUGUUUGUGGAUGGGAACGGUCUCUUCCACUACAGAGAGUUCGGCCUGGCGUGUCAUCUGGGAGUGCUGUCAGGGCUGCCGUGUGUGGGCGUGGCCAAGAACCUGCUGCAGGUGCAGGGUGUGAACAAGAAUGAGGAGCACCAGUCGCAGAUCGCUGCUCUGCAGAAAGGAGGAGACAGCUUCCCACUCACUGCUGCCUCAGGCAAAGUGCUCGGAAAGGCGCUGCGUAGCUCUGAUAAGAGCUCCAAGCCAGUUUACGUGUCCGUGGGCCACAAGAUCAGCCUGGACACAGCUGUACGCCUCACACACUCCUGCUGCCGCUACCGGGUCCCCGAGCCCAUCAGACAGGCUGACUGUCGCUCCAGAGAAUACCUUCGCAUACACUUCUCAGCUGCAGACACAGAAAUCAAAGAAUGAGGUUGAUGACGGAGAGGAUCUCAAGAACGUUAACACCAGCAUCUGCAGCAGCUUUGUGAAGCUUCCAUUAGUGUGUGUAGGUUAGGGUUAGGGUUAGGGUUAGGGUUAGACAUUUAGAUGGGAUGGUUAAGGUUAGGGUAAGGGGCUAGGGAAUGCAUAAUGCCAAUAAGUGUACUCACUAAGAUAGAAGUACAAACAUUUGUGUGUAUGUGGCGUGUGUUUGCGUGUGUGAGACAGAAAAAGUGCUUUGUCGUUCAUGUACUUUUAAAACCACUGCUGUUUUAGUCGGGGCCAGAAGACACUAUCAGAUUAAUUGAACCUUUUUAAGCACUCGCCCUAUAUUUAAACUGGAUAUGGGUCAGAUUGGCUCUUUUUAUAUACUGUUCUCAUUACAUUUUUGGGUCACUCAGCUUUUUACACUGGGAGCCUUGUGAAUAAAUCAUAAUUGUCCCUGA